UCUCGGAGUGUCCUCUUGCCAUUAAGCUCGCUUACAUCUUUCUUCUUUCACCGACUCCAAACGGGGAACAACUCACCAUGCUUCCGCAGAAACGCCCCGCCGAGGACCUCACCUCGACCGCCAUGGAACAGAAGAUUGCCGAACAGCCGGCCCUGGCCAACGGCGUCAACGGGCACACCAACGGCGUCAAUGGCCACGCCAACGGCACCAACGGCGCCAGCACGCUCCCCGGCCUGGACGCCUCCAAGCUGAUCAUCACCCGCGCCGACCCCACGGCUCGGGCCGUCCCAGACGAAGCCACGGCCUGCUCCGGCAACGAAACUAUCUGCACCGACCACAUGAUCACCGUCCCUUGGAAGGCCUCCUCGGGUUGGUCCGCGCCGGAAUUGAAGCCCUACGGCCCGCUCUCGCUCAUGCCUACCGCCUCGGUCCUGCACUACGCAACAGAAUGCUUCGAAGGCCUCAAGGCCUACCGCGGCCACGACGGCCGCCUUCGCCUCUUCCGGCCCGACCUCAACGCCAAGCGCAUGCUCAUGUCGACGCUGCGCAUCUCCCUCCCCGGUUUCGACCCGGCCGAGCUGGAGAAGCUCAUCCUCGCGCUCAUGGCCGUCGACGGGCCCAAGUGGCUGCCCCGCACUCGCCCGGGCUCCUACCUGUACCUCCGCCCGGCCGUGAUUGGCACGCAGCCCCAGCUCGGCGUGCAGGCGCCCAAGGAAGCCCUCCUCUUCAUCACGGCCUCCUUCAUGCCGCGCAUGGACUCCCCCCCAGGCGGCCUGCGCCUGCACACCAACCCGGAGGACAUGAUCCGCGCGUGGGUGGGCGGGUUUGGGUACGCCAAGGUGGGCGCCAACUACGGGCCGAGCCUGCUGGCGACCAACGAGGCGAGGGAGCGCGGCUUCGGCCAGAUUCUGUGGCUGUACGGGCCCGAGGGGUACUGCACCGAGGCCGGGGCGAGCAAUUUCUUUGUCGUGUGGCGGACCAGGGAGGAGGAGGGCGGGAAACUGCAGCUCGUGACGGCGCCGCUGGACGACAAGCUGAUUCUGGAUGGUGUGACGCGGCGGAGCGUGGUGGAGCUCGCGAGGGAGCGGUUGGCCGGCGAUUUGGAGAUGGUCGAGAGGAAAUAUACCAUUGACGAGGUGAUUGCGGCGGAUAAGGAGGGCCGGUUGGUUGAGGCGUUCGCGGCCGGCACGGCGUUCUUCAUCUGCCCCGUGUCGCAGAUCCGCCACCGCGACUACGACGUCCACAUCCCCAUGGUCAAGGGCGAGAGCGGCCAGUACACGGCCAAGAUCAAGAGCUGGAUCUCCGACAUCAUGUACGGCAACGAGCAGCACCCUUGGGGCGUUGUGGUGGAAGAGCAGCAGUAGAUUUGCUUGAUUUCGGAGGGUCUUCGUCAUUUCAUUGUAUUGUAGAGCGUCAGCGUCAGCUUCGUGCAGAGCGCGGGCGAAAAAGUGGUUCUUGGGGAAGGCGUUCGGGAGACUGGGUGGUUGAGCAUUGAGCAUGCCAUGGGAUAGCGGCAUUUGUUUCAUAGAGAGAGUUAUAUAAUGUUAUGUGGAAAUUCCCAG